AUGGAUGACUAUCUGAAUGUCCCUCGACAUAUGAGAAGUCCCGGGGAUGAUGGCUAUCGAACCCCCACAAUAGAAGAUGCCGAGCGGGUUCUCUCCGAUCAUGGCGUUGAAGAUAGUCCCGGCAGCCAAGUGCGCGAAGUCCAUUCAACAGCUUUGCAAGAAGUCCUGCAUAGAGCGACGUCGCGAGCUGCCGAGAAAUCAAAAACAGAGGGUAAUAAAGAGGCAGCUGCUUGUUGCGAGCACAAUGGUUUGGGAGUUACUGUCAAGAAGAAGCCUCCAAGCCGACUUGGAUGGAAGAAACGAAUUCGCCAUGUCACUUGGGCAUACUUUACAUUGACUAUGGCGACGGGUGGAUUGGCCAAUGUCUUCUACAACGUCCCAUUCCGCUUCAAAGGCCUAGAUACGAUCGGAGUCGUCGUCUUCCUUAUUAAUAUCGCCCUCUAUCUCCUAGUCUGGGGCCUGCUCCUUCUCCGCUUCUACUGUUUCCCCUAUACAUUCAGGGCAUCCCUGAUGCAUCCCACAGAAUCCCUCUUCGUCCCAGCAGCAAUGGUCUCCUUCGGCACAAUCCUAAUCAACAUAUCUCAAUACGGCCCUCCACAUGCAGGUCCUUGGCUGAUGCGCGCAGUCGAGGUUUUAUUCUGGAUUGACGCUGCUCUCGCCGUCAUGUUUUCCGCUGGUAUCUACCUGCUACUUUGGUCAACGCAGACCUUCACCAUCGCCCAGAUGACUCCAAUUUGGAUCUUUCCAGCUUACCCCAUGCUCAUCAUCGGUCCGCAUGCUGGUGUCUUGAGUUCCACGUUGGAUCCGUCGGCUGCGCUUCAGGUUAUUGUUGGUGGUGCUACUAUUCAGGGUGUUGGAUUCUUGGUCUCGUUGAUGGUUUACUCGGCAUUCAUUUACCGGUUGAUGACGCAGAAGCUUCCUAGGGAGAACCUUCGUCCCGGUAUGUUCGUUUCAGUUGGUCCUAGUGGGUUUACGGUGGCGGGUAUUGUCAACAUGGCCUCUGCUGCGAAGAGGGCGUUCCCUUCCGAUUUCAUGGGGAAUGGUGCUCUCGCUGCUGAUGUUAUGAAAGUUGUGGUUAACUUUUCAUCCUUGUGGCUAUGGGGACUGGCCAUUUUCUUCUUCAUAAUCGCCGGUGCGGCCCACUGGUCCGCCAUCGGACCCAAGCGCUUGGACUUUUCCAUGACGUGGUUCUCAUUUGUUUUCCCAAACACUGCAUUGAUCACCGCGACAUUUGCUAUCGGUGAUGCAUUUUCCUGCAAAGCCAUCAACAUCGUCGGAUGUGUGGCCAUAUUGCCCCUUCUUUUGAUCUACUUCUUCGUGUGCUAUAUGAUGAUUCGGGCCAUUAUCAUGAAACAAAUCAUGUGGCCCCAAAAGGGUGAAGAUAGGGAUGAAGGUGGUUUCGAAAUUCUCCAGAUCAAGUCUGUUGCAGAUGCGGAUGGGGAUACCAGUGAGGAGAGUCCGGCAUGA